GAGUAGGAAAUAUGUUCGUAACGAUUUAGUAUAUUAGAAUUUUAUGAGAAUAAAAAUUUAAAAUGCAUAGAUAUAAAUAAAUAGAAUUAACUUAGCUUUCUUAAAUUCAAUGGAACGUAAAUUUAUAAACUGUAGUAUUGAGUAAUAUAGCCAGUUUCAAAUAUAGUAUAUAUGUGGUCAGUUUCUUCAUUUUUCUUGAAUAGUCAUGAUAUUUUAAUCCAAUAUAUGGUCGAUCUUGUGUAUCUUUUAAUACACUUCAAUAAAAUCAUAUAUAAUGAACUAAUGUGAAAUUACGUAUGUCAUCAAAAAUAUGUUUGAACGUUAAACAACAAACAAAACGAUUAUAUCUUUUCAUUUUGUUACGGCUCCCACAGCUAUUGAUAUUAGUCUGUAUCAUCUUUGAACCUGCCCCUUCCACAUAAACAUUUGUAGAUUUUGUAAAUUAAGAGUGUACUAUUUAUUUCCAAACUUCAAAUUAUAAAACAGUCAAAAGUUAUAAAUCGUAAAAAAUAUUCUUGAUUAUAUAUUUUGUUUAAACGUGGAGGUAGAGUGGCUAACAAACUUAUAAUAGUAGUUUACUCUACUCUAUAAUUUGUACAAUAUUCCUUUUUAUGAUUUGCCAACUAAUUAGACAAUAACUAUUGCGUCUACUUAUUAUAGUCGACUCAUAAAUAUGAAAAAAAAAAAAUAGGCAACUAAUCUCUUGUAGAAACCAAUUUAUGACUCUCCUACAGAAAAUUCUAUAAUUAUCCACUAUAACCCCCAUAAUUUAUCUCUACCCUACUCAAAGAAUAUAAACACACUACUACUUCCUGAGAUGUUGUUUCAGAGUUUUUCUGGUACACAAACAAAUGGCUCCAAGAACCUCUCUUGCACUCUUCCUUUUCCUUAACCUCCUCUUCUUCACUUACACUUCUGCUCAAGGCACUUGUCCUAGAAUUGCCCUUCAGAUCGGUGCUUGCACUAAUGUGCUCAAUGCAAUUGACUUAACAUUAGGAAACCCACCGCCACCAGUACCGCCGUGCUGCUCGCUCAUUGCAGGCUUGGCUGACCUUGAGGCUGCAGUCUGUCUCUGUACCGCGCUCGACGUUAACGUUCUUGGCAUCAACGUUCACCUUCCCAUCGAUAUCAGUGUACUUUUCAAUGCUUGUAGCAGAUUUGCUCCACCAAGUUUCCAAUGCCCGUAAGUUGAAUACGUAUGAGAUAUCUGAAGACAUACCGAAAAAAUAAAGGUUGAACGUGUUGCCUGUCGUCUUUUGCUUUUUAACUGGUGAUUUCUUUUGUAUUUGUAACUUCCUUCGAUUGAAUAAAAUGAUGACUGUAACGUACUCAUGCAAUAAUGAGUUUCUGUGUGUAAUCGCCAUGUUCGUUGCCCUUUUACUUCAUUGUUCUUCCUUACCUUCGUUUGUAAAACGUUUCGUUCGAAUUUGAUUAAUAAAAGUUUCAAUCGGUGUUGUUAUCUAUAUCGGGCUUAUAUGUGUAUCGAAAAAAGCAAGGUAAAAUGAUACGAUCUCACUGAAAACAACAAGGUUUAGUAAUUCUGUUGUAAGCAUUAAUUAAUGGCAUGUGCUUAAUUUUUGGUAACAAAAUGGAAACAAAAUACUCCAUCCGGUUCAUAAAGUCAUAUGUGCGACGUAGCACGUAUAUAAUUUUAACGAAAUUAUUUAUCCCUGUAAUUAGAUAAUGAAGCCGCAUAAAUUUAAAGUGUUUAGUCUAUGAUAAAUCAUUUUAAAUAUUUAAUAUAAUUUUCUUACAUAUUUAUUGAUAAAUGAAAUAAGUAAAGGCAAUCAUUAUGAAAACUUCACGAACAAAAAUAUUUCAAUUUAAUUUUCUAUUUUUCUCUAUUGAAUAAUUUUUAAUCAGUAAGAAUUCUUUCCUGUAUUUGAACGAUAUUUUUCUCUUUUAUGUCGCUCUGUGUAGACAAAAAGCAAAGUAAAAAGCUAGCUCCGUUCUGGCUCUGGUUGGUGCCGGAGGUUUC